GGGACUACUGCUGGUUCAACAAGACAAGCAAUUCUGUAAUGUGUUGCAAACACGAAAAUCCAAAAUUCUGUUCCAACUACCAUCAUUCUCCGGUAGUUAAAAUUUUAGUGUCCAUAGCCGCAAGUAUUGGAGGGAGUAUAUUCCUUGUGUUGGUGAUACUUCUUCUUUACAAAUCAUGGAAAUCUGAGAACGAAAAGGAAACUCAACUCAAGAUAGAAAACUUCCUACAAGACUACAGGACACUCAAUCCAACAAGAUACACAUACAGUGAUCUUAAGAAAAUAACUGGUAAGUUUAAGAAGAGACUCGGCCAAGGAGGUUAUGGAAGUGUCUUCAAAGGAAAAUUCUCCAACGGAAUUCCAGUUGCUGUUAAGAUGUUGGAACAUUCCAAAGGAAACGGAGAGGAGUUCAUCAAUGAAGUGGCUACUAUAGGUAGGAUACACCAUUUCAACAUUGUUCGACUUUUGGGAUUCUGCUCAGAAGGGACACGAUGUGCUCUUAUUUAUGAGUUUAUGCCAAAUGGAUCACUUGAGAAGUUUAUAUUUUCAAGAGAAACUGAAUCAGCACAGCGUCUAUUAAGUUGGGAGAAGCUGCAAAACAUUGCAAUUGGCGUUGCUCGUGGAGUAGAGUACUUGCACCAAGGAUGCAACCAAAGGAUCCUUCACUUUGACAUCAAGCCUCACAAUAUAUUACUUGACCAUAAUUUGCAGCCAAAGAUUUCGGAUUUCGGUCUUGCCAAGCUAUGCUCAAAGGAACAAAGUAUUGUAACAAUGACGACAGCUAGAGGGACUGCUGGCUAUAAUGCUCCAGAGCUUUAUUCUAGGAAUUUCGGAGAGGUUUCUUACAAGUCAGAUGUGUUUAGUUAUGGAAUGAUGUUAUUAGAGAUGGUUGGAUGUCGAAAGAAUAUUGAUCUUACAAUUGAAAAUCAAAGCCAAAUUUACUUUCCUGAGUGGGUAUACAACAAAAUGAACCAAGAAGAAGAGCUCAAUUUAGAAAUUGAGGAAGAUGGAGAUGAGGAAGUUGCCAAGAAGCUUGCAAUUGUGGGACUUUGGUGCAUUCAGUGGAAUCCAACAGACAGACCUUCCAUGCCAACAGUGUUGCAAAUGCUUGAAGGUGAUUUACAGAGCUUGGAGAUGCCUCCGAAGCCCUUUGUUUCUUCGGAUGUUGAAAUGGGUACGAAUUGAUCGAUUUACUAAAAAAUGCAAGCCAGAGUGAACGAUGCCUCCAGAGUCCUCUGUUUCUACUGAUUUUCAAAUGGAUCCUAGUUGAUGUAUCAAAACUAGAACUUUCAAAUAUGUCAUGUAUAAAUAGGACUCAUUCUUCUUCUGGUAUUGAAAUUUGAACUGUUGAGUGUUUUUGAUUUACUGAAAUAUACAGCUUUUAGAUUUCUUUUU